UCAGAACACCUGAUUGUCAACAGAGUGGAAAUGUCCGCCGUUAGCGGGGAAGAAGGGCUCUCACAGAUGGAGACCGAACCGAGAACUCCCCCUGUGUCGACCAGGUAACACGGUUAGCUGAGUUUAUCUUAACCGGAAAUCACGGACUUCAUAAAACUAUUAUUUCUUUCUUUGGGGAGUGGGGGGGCUUCCGUAAACAUUAACGUUAAGUUUUUAGUUAAGCAUCUGUACGGACACACGCGCUGUCACUGCGGGGGACGUUAUGGUAGUUAACGUGUCGCUGGUACGGCAGCCGGGAAGUUAAUAACGGCGUAACCACGCGAACCGUUAAAUACGGAUGUGGCGUUAACGGGGCGGACUGAAUCCGCCAUUCCGAACCUCUCACUUUGGUUGCAUGUUUCACACGAGGUGCCCCCCGCCAGACGGAGCUCCAUCGCCAUCCUCCUCAAACCAGAACAAAUAAAUAAAAACAGGCACAUUCAAGGUCUACUAAAGCGAUACAUGCUAACGGUAGCGUUAGCUAGUGAGGCUCCGACAACCGGAGAGAAGCAUGAAAACACGGGUACAGUUGAGCAGGGUCGCUUUAUUCAAACGCUGACUUCUCCGGUUAAAACACGGAACGCCCCGCAAUGAGCUCGGUGGUCGGAACACGCGUGAUGUCACGCUGAGGCAGUGGCCCGUAUCUCCAGCGUAUAGUAACCGGUCCUCAUGAGCCACGAGAGGGUGUCGCUGCAUCGCUUUACCCAUCACAGGGUUACUUCCGGUUUCCGGUGGACUCUUUCUCUUGCCCCCCCCAACGUUAAAGUGGUUCUCAUUUAACAAGCCACAGCCAUGUUGGCUUCCAUGUGGCCGCAGAGACUCUUCGGGGAGGCGUCCGUAUGCAUAAUUUAAGGAAGUGAUAUCGAAAAGUGAUGAAUAUUAUUUAAUGCAGGUCACAAGUAGCAGAAAACUAGACACCCACAAAUCAACCACCCCCAGAAACACUGAUCUGUAGUUACAUCUUUGCUCUGCUUACAUAACUCUGUCCCAGUUUCUUAAAUAGAUGAGAAUAAUAAGCGUGUGUAAUUUGGACGGCGUUGGAAUUCGGUUCAGUUUGGUGAGACGUUUCACUUUGCAGCUCCAGUUGGGAGCCGUUGACCCUGCAGCCUGGAGGCCGCUGAGUGUUCUGCAUAGCGACCACAUCAGGCUUCUUCUUUCCAUGGGGCUUCCUUCGCCUCGCAGCUGUCUUCUGACAGCAGCUUUAAAGGGACCGCCACCAAUAACACAGCCCCCCCCCCCCUACUCCCUCACCCCGCCUGUGGUUUGGUUAAUGGGGAAGUAAAACCCAAACGAUGUCCGCUCUCCAAUAUGUUGUAAACGGUUUGACUUUACUUAAGCGGGGUGGGGUGAAGGAGCCCCCCCGAUCACUGAGGGUAAUCGUUUGUUUGUCUGCAGUGAGUUGUUGCCCAGCAGGAGUGUGUGUGUGUGUGUGUGUGUGUCCCGGGUGGCUCCUCAAUCAGCUGAUCGUAGUGGCAGUGUUGGGUUUCAUCAUGCUGUUUAUUCCUCCACCCUGAAGGGGGGGGGGGGGGGGGGGGUGUUUGCUGUCGUGUUGACGUCUCCAGACUCUGAGCCUCCGCUCGCCCUCCCCUUUCUGUCGCCUUCACUUCUCUUUUUCCUCUUCUUCAACAACAACCCAGAGGGAAGGAGGCUGGGGAGGAGUUUGAUUACAGCCCCUCCCCCCCGGUUUGUUUAUAUGUGCUGCUUGUCGUCCCUCUCUCAGCACCGGCCACCUUAUUGCAACACUUGCUGUCAAAAACCGAUGUCCCAAGCUGGGCGUGUGUGUGUGUGUGUGUCAGGAGGGGGAGGGCUCUAACCUGUGAUGCUAUUAAUACCACCUAAUGAACAUAAUCUGGUGGGGAGGUGAUCCUCUUUCAUUCGUCGGCCCCCGAGGCCGAGGGGAGGAGUGCAGGGCGAGAGGAGGAGGAGGGAAAAGGCUGCCGUGUUGUAAUUCCACAUCGAGUUGCGUCUCUCUGCUGCUCCACUGAAUGGAAGAAACAGAAAGCUAAACAGAGGCCUAACGUUUCGUUUCUCAUCUAAUCUGCCCCCCCUCCCAACACCACACCCCUUUAUAUUUUGCUCACACCUCUUGCUCUGUCUCUCUGUGCUGUGUUGAAGUGAACAACUUUGAAGUGUGUGCUUGUUUACACACUAGUAGGUGGGUGCGUGUUUGGAUAAAAACAAUAACUUGCUGGGUAAAAACCGAGUGUUUUUCUCCGGUCAUGAACUCUCCACCAUCUUACUCGGGAGCUAGAAUAUCUGGCUGCUGGACCCUAAGAUCUGAUGGCAGCGCUGCGUUGCGUUUCAGCGGAGUCGGCGACGGCUCGCUGGACCGGCUUCUCCCUGCAGUGAGCACCGGCCUCUCCCCCAGGAAGAGGACCACCAGCCAGUGCAAGUCGGAGCCCCCUCUGCUGCGCACCUCCAAGCGCACCAUCUACACGGCGGGCCGGCCGCCCUGGUACAACGAGCACGGGGCGCAGUCCAAGGAGGCCUUCGUCAUCGGUCUGUGCGGCGGCAGCGCUUCAGGGAAGACGACGGUAGCGAGGAAGAUCAUCGAGGCGCUGGACGUGCCGUGGGUUGUGUUGCUCUCCAUGGACUCGUUUUACAAGGUCCUGACCCCAGAUCAGCAGACUCUGGCCGCCAGCAACGACUACAACUUCGACCACCCCGACGCCUUCGACUUCGACCUGCUGACGCACACCGUGCGCAAACUCAAGCAGGGCAAGAGUGUGAAGAUCCCCGUGUACGACUUCACCACCCACGGCCGGCAGAAGGAGUGGAAAACCGUGUACGGAGCCAGCGUCAUCAUCUUUGAGGGAAUCAUGGCGUUUGCAGACAAGAAGCUCCUGCAGCUGCUGGACAUGAAGAUCUUCGUGGACACGGACUCCGACAUCCGGCUGGUGCGUCGGCUGAGGCGUGACAUCACGGACCGGGGGCGGGACAUCGAGGGCGUCAUCAAGCAGUACAACAAGUUUGUAAAGCCGGCCUUCGAGCAGUACAUCGAGCCCACCAUGCGCCUGGCCGACAUCGUGGUGCCACGGGGCGGAUGCAACAUGGUGGCCAUUGAUUUGAUUGUGCAGCACGUGCACAGUCAGCUGGAGGAGAGGAAACUUCGCUGGGAUAUGGCAGCCCUGGCUUCUGCACACCAGGCCCAGCCCCUCCCCCAGACCCUCAGUGUUCUGGAGAGCACGCCCCAGGUGCGGGGCAUGCACACCAUCAUCAGAAACAAGGAAACGAGCCGCGACGAGUUCAUCUUCUACUCCAAGAGGUUGAUGCGACUCCUGAUCGAGCGGGCGCUCUCCUUCCUCCCCUCCCAGGUCCACGCAGUGCAGACCCCCCAGGGGGAGGAUUACGAAGGCAGGACUUUCCACGGGAAGAGGAUCACGGGCGUGUCCAUCCUGCGCGCCGGCGAGACCAUGGAGCCCGCCCUGAGGGCCGUGUGCAAAGACGUCCGCAUCGGCAAGAUCCUCAUCCAGACCAACCAGGACACGGGAGAGCCGGAGCUUCACUACCUGCGUCUCCCCAAAGACAUCGGUGAAGACCACGUGAUCCUGAUGGACUGCACCGUGUCCACGGGAGCCGCCGCCAUGAUGGCGGUGCGCGUGCUGCUGGACCACGACGUUCAGGAGGACAAGAUCCUGCUGGUGUCCCUGCUGAUGGCAGAGAUGGGGGUGCACUCGGUGGCCUACGCGUUCCCACAGGUCAAAAUCAUCACCACAGCUGUGGACAAGAAGGUCAACGACCUCUUCCACAUCAUACCCGGCAUCGGAAACUUCGGGGAUCGAUACUUUGGGACCGACGCGCCGCCCGACUGGAGCGACGAGGAGAUGGACGAGCCCAGUUACUGACAUCGCAGGGCUCCGCCCCCUCGGAAACAAAGACACUGCUAACCCCAAGUUCACUUUUUAAUCUCAAGGAAAGAACAGCCUGGAGGAAGUUUUAUAAAGUAUGACAUGUUUUUAUUUGUACAGUAUGUGGUUCCGUACAAUUUCACGUUAUCGUCUGAACUGACAAUCUGACUUUUGGCCGCGUGUUGCUCUGAGAAGACGAAGCCUAAAGCCGACGCCAAUGAAUGUGAGUCUGAGCGCAACAGAAGAAGACGUCAAGCUUUUUUUCUUUUCUUUUUACCACAAAUACCUUCUUCACAAUCUUCACCAAAGUACAAAUCAGAACGUGAACCCGCGUUGCUCAACUUCCAUCGCCACGAGCGCUCUCUGAAGGGCCGCUCGAUCGGAAAACGUGUGGGCGUAUCCGUCUCUCUGUCUUCUUUUUUUUUUUUUUUUGCCUCUUCCUUUUGGUGGAUGCUGACCUGACUGGUUUAAACCGGUCUCUUCAUUAUACAGCUCAGAGUACGCACUUACAUUCAUGCAGCCUGCUCUUCAUUUACAUAUAUUCUUCCUGUGGAUGGACCAGCCAACAAAACGGGUCAUCUGCAACGCAUUCAUUUUCCUCCUUCUUCAUGCAUCAGAUGGUAUUUAUUUUUGAACUUCUCAAUGCCAGAAAGUGCCCUUCUAGUUCCUGGUAUUGAUGAGAUCUGUAAAAGUUGAUGCCUAUUUAUUAUCUACUUUUUUUUUUUUGUUUUAGAA